CCAACGCGAGCCAAGCCCAUCUGCAGCCGCGUGCAAUUCACGUGGCAACCGCACCGCAUUGUCGUGACGAUAAAACGCGCCGCGCCGCCCUCACAGAAAGCUGUGCAUGCUGCUAGGUUCGUUCAGCUACUAUACUUCGAUCCAUCACCCGAGACUCUCCACACCAACCCUUCGCUCACCCGUCAACACUCAGCGACCGAACUCCAAGUCCGUUCACCAUCACGCACCAUGUCGUCGGAUCCUCCAUCACUCGGUUCAUGGCCUACCACACACCUCUCGCUCGCUUCGGUAGCGCCCGAAACCGCGGCAGCUUCGGCAUACCUCAAGGGCGUAGUAUCACUCCAAUGGCCAUUUUCGCCGAGUAGUGCAACACUGUCGCUACUCGUCUGCGAGGAGGACGUCCGGCUGCGAGCGUCAAAUGGGCAGCUUCGUGUCGAGUUUCGGGGUGCUUCGGCAAGAGAGGUGGACGCGAAGAAAGUGCAAAUUGGAGAUCAUAUAGAGCUGUCGCUGGAGGGCGCCGAGCUUGAAGCGCUGGAUAAUGCUACGCCGAGGGAUGUGCCAUGGAAGAUGGUAUUUUCUACGAGAAUGGUCAUGAAGUUCAAAACCCCCACCGGUUGGGAUAGCAUAGACAUCGAUGUUCCUUCAGAGGAGGAACCUACGGACUCAUUCGAAUCAACACUUCCCGACGAAGACGACGCAUUUAUGUAUCCACCUGCUCCGUCCACAAAACAGCCGACUACUCCUCGACGCCAGAAUGAGUGGAGCUACAAACGGAAAGGGGACCUGCUCGCAACCUCACCGUUGUAUCUGCAAAAUCUGUUUGGCGAUGAAGAAUAUAAUCUGGAGGUCGAUGUGGAACGACCGAGGAAGAGACCCAGGUUUGGCAAUUCCUACAGACUCGUGGACCGAACUCCAAGCCCUGGGCCCGAAGGCGAAGACGAGGGUGAGGGUGUGCAGGACGUUUUCGACUUCAUGCCGGAGAUCGAUCUGGAAGCUGCACGCCUUGCUGCCAUGACAGAUGAACCGCUUGUCAUAUUUCAAGAUGAGCCUACUCCUGAUGAGCCCAUGGUGAUAUUUCGAGAUCAGCCUGCUCCCGAUGCCGGUGAUCACUCAAAUUGGAUGGACAUGCCGCCACCACCUCUUCCUCCCCUCAAUACACAAUUCAAUAACACGGAAGACGAAAUACCCGAUUCACCUUCGCUACGACCAGCCCCAUCACCACAGUUACCUCUUGUUUCCCCGUUCCUUCACCGCGGACUGUCCGAGGACUAUGUCAGUGCUGGUGAAGAAAUUCGCGAAAACGCAUCAGAGGUGCUGGAUACACAGGAAGAUGCAGGCUUGAGAAUGGAGCUGCAGGCGCCUAUGUCUAUGCCUGCGAAGGGAAUACCGCGCGACCAAGAAGGUGAUGAAUUCGAUGACGAUCCCUUCGCCGUAGUGACGGCAAUCUCAGCAGAGAAUUCGAGACCCACGUCGAGUGCCGGUGAGAGUGAACAGGACUCUCUGUUCGAUGAGAUGUCAGACAGGGAGGAUUCGCGAACUCGCCCAAGGAGCAGAUCACCAUUACCGGGUCCAUCGCCUCUACGGAAAGUCCAGCGGGUGAAGACCCCCGAACGAUCACCUACCGCCAGUAGAUCCAAGCUAAGAUUGCAAAUCACUUCCACCACCUCGGAGUCACCACAACCAGGCGAUACACCUCGAUCCGCCGCACCGAAAACCCCCUACCUUUACCUUCCGACGCCGUCACCGAAGGUCACCAGCAACGAGCACAUGUCGUUCCCAUUUUCUCCGCCGAGCAGGCUGGACUUCGGCAGAAGAGCAUCCGAAGCGGGUGACUCACCACGCGGACAGAAGAGAAAACUGCUUCGUCAAUCCCUGGACUCCGCUCCGCUAGACUUAUCGACCUACUUUGGCCGCCCAGGCCCACAUGCAACCGAGUACUCGGUCGCAGAAGAGGACGGUCUAGCCGAAGCUCCGAGUAGCCCCACCGCAGAGAAGGGCCCGUACAAGCGCCGGAACAGUAUACAUGAACCACACUUGCAGCGAAGGGGGAGCACGGUCCAUUUCAGAUCCGGCAUCACGACUCCUCUGUCGGACUUCCCUCCAUUGGUAUUCCUUUCAUGGGGUGCAACAGUAGACCUGAUCGGCGUGGUCAGUCAGCACAGUCCUAUCGCACGAGCCGAGUCGGGCCAGAAGGACUAUUACAUGGCCCUCAGGAUCGUUGACUCCUCGCAAAACACGGGCAUUGUUAUGCGGAUAUUUAGGCCGUACAAAAAUGCCCUUCCGGAGGUUGAGGUGGGGGAUGUGGUAAUGCUACGUUCAUUCAAGAUCACAUCAUACAAGCACAGGUAUGUCGGCGUGUCAACAGAGAAUUCGGCUUGGGCGGUGUGGAAGGAGCAUGGUAAACAGCGGCCUGCCGUAUGCGCCGGGCCUCCGGUGGAAUACGGCGACGAGGAAGAAACAUAUGUGGCCAGCAUUGGAACGUGGUAUAUGGGCUUGGAUCCACAGUACAGAGAGACCAUGGAGCACAGGCCAAAGGAGGAGUUGGUGGCUGGCAUCAAGAAAUAACGAUGUAAUGAUGGAUGGUUGCGAUGCUACGAUUACAGAGUCAAGAUCAUUUUUAUGUUUCUAUAGGUACUACUGCCAUUCUACUCACACUCGUGUUUUUAUCUCUGUAGAUACCUGCUUCUGCUUUCCUGCUGCGUCUGUUAAGGUGUAUUUUACGUACAUACUUCCCAC